CCCCAGCUCUCCAUCUCCGGAGAGCUGGAGCUCGGGAACAGGGGUGGCUGGCAUCAGGGACGGUCUGGAACCUUCGGCUUCCCACACCCCUCCACUGUUGUUACUUCUUCGUACGAAACCUCCCUGCUUCUCCUCCCCUUCCGUGAGUCCUUCCAGCUCAGAAGCCCAGCUUGGCCGGCGGGCGGGAGGGCGCCGUUGCAGCUCUCGCGCCGGCGCGAGCGAGCAGUGCGCGUGCGCGCGCGCCGCCGUCGGACCCCGCGCCUGCCCCGCCCGCUCCUAUAACUUGGCCGGCGCGGAGGCGGCGCCGCCAGAGUCGGAGGGCGGGGAGCCAGAGGAGGCAGCCUGGAGUUGUGAAGACUACUGAGUGGAGAAGUCGCCACCUUCGCUACCGCCGCCGCUUCUGCGCGGCUCCCGCGGGUUUCCCGCUUGCUUCCCUGUUUUCUACACCCUCGCCGGCGCCUAGCUUCUCCCGUCCGGGGGGCCCCCGGGGGUGCCCUCGCCCUCCCGGCGCGGGCGUCCGGGCGGCGGGCGGGAUGUGGCGCCUGGUGCCCCCGAAGCUGGGCCGCCUAUCCCGCUCGCUGAAGCUGGCGGCGCUGGGCAGCCUGUUGGUGCUGAUGGUGCUGCACUCGCCGUCGCUGCUGGCGUCCUGGCAGCGCAACGAGCUGGCCGACCGGCGCUUCCUGCAGCUCAAUAAGUGCCCGGCGUGCUUCGGCACGAGCUGGUGCCGCCGCUUUCUCAACGGGCAGGUGGUGUUCGAGGCGUGGGGCCGCCUGCGCCUGCUGGACUUCCUCAACGUGAAGAACGUGUACUUCGCGCAGUCGGGCGAGCCCCGCGAGGGCGGCCGCCGCCGCGUGGUGCUCAAGCGCCUGGGCUCGCAGCGCGAGCUGGCGCAGCUGGACCAGAGCAUCUGCAAGCGGGCCACCGGGCGGCCGCGCUGCGACCUGCUGCAGGCCAUGCCCCGCACCGAGUUCGCGCGCCUCAACGGCGACGUGAGGCUGCUCACGCCCGAGGCGGUGGAGGGCUGGUCGGACCUGGUGCACUGCCCCUCGCAGCGCCUGCUCGACCGCCUGGUGCGCCGCUACGCCGAGACCAAGGACUCGGGCAGCUUCCUGCUCCGCAACCUCAAGGACUCGGAGCGCAUGCAGCUGCUGCUGACCCUGGCCUUCAACCCCGAGCCGCUGGUGCUACAGAGUUUUCCAUCUGAUGAAGGUUGGCCAUUUGCAAAAUAUCUUGGAGCUUGUGGAAGAAUGGUGGCUGUUAAUUAUGUUGGAGAAGAACUGUGGAGUUACUUUAAUGCACCGUGGGAGAAACGAGUUGACCUUGCUUGGCAAUUAAUGGAAAUAGCAGAGCAACUUACAAACAAUGACUUUGAAUUUGCACUCUACCUUCUGGAUGUCAGCUUUGACAAUUUUGCAGUUGGUCCUAGAGAUGGGAAAGUAAUCAUUGUGGAUGCUGAGAAUGUUUUGGUUGCUGACAAACGACUAAUUAGACAAAAUAAACCUGAAAAUUGGGAUGUCUGGUAUGAAAGCAAAUUUGAUGAUUGUGAUAAGGAAGCUUGCUUAUCCUUUUCAAAAGAAAUUCUAUGUGCUCGUGCCACUGUGGACCACAAUUACUAUGCUGUUUGUCAGAACCUCUUAUCCAGGCAUGCCACAUGGCGUGGCACUUCUGGAGGACUUCUUCAUGAUCCACCAAGCGAAAUUGCCAAAGAUGGCCGACUAGAGGCCUUGCUAGAUGAGUGUGCCAACCCAAAGAAGCGCUAUGGCAGAUUCCAGGCUGCAAAGGAACUUCGUGAAUAUCUAGCACAAUUAAGUAACAAUGUGAGGUAGUCUAGGGUGGACUUCUUUUCUUCAUUUAAAUAGCACUGGCUAAAACUAAAUCACCAAAAACUAUCUGAAAAAAAAUGAAUUUGGAAGUACUGCAUGCAGAAGACGAUAAACUUGCACUGAUAGGUCUUUGGUUAACAUCCUUCGAAAUAAGACAUUACUUCAAAAAUCUUAUGAUGCUUCUGCAAAUAAGUGCACUCUUAGACUUUGGAGUCUUGAGCUGUCAUUGACUAAGGCUUCCCCCCUCUUACGAUGCCUGAGUGAAUUAAUGAAUAUUGUUUGAGCUAUUGGAAAUGAGUCUGAUAGUUACAUUGGCUUGUGUAUCAAACGGUACUUGGUACUCAAAUUAGUUUGCAUUACUAUCAUGAUUUUGUGAAUCUCUUGCAUUUACUUUGACAAGUUAUAUUGGCCUGUUUUAUAGGCCACUUUUUUCUUCUGAUGUGUAGGGUCCCCACCCCCACCCCAUUUUUAUGUUUUCUAUUAAAUUUUACACUUUGAGGUUGCUGUAGGUAUUCAUUUAAAUUUUGACUAGUUUUCAUUCAGUGCUAUACACAUUUACUGUUGGGGCAGGAUUCCCAGGUUUACUGUUGUUUUUCAGAAAACUGAAUAUUUUAUUAUGUAAAUAAUUUUCUUCCCACCUUCUGUGAUUUCUCCAUUGCAUGAGGUCAUCAAAGGUUAUUUAGCAGUUACAUCCCACUAUGUCAGUAAUAGAAUUAUACACAUUUAACAUAAAGUUUGGCAUAUGUUGCAAAAUGCUGUUAUUCCCUUUAAAAGAUUUUAAGAAUAUGCUAACAAUCUAUAUGUUGGUAUUAUUUUGACUGAGGAAAAAAAUACACCCCAGUAUUUAUUAAAUGCUAAUUCAUCCAGGAUUAUAACGCAUAUGCCAAAGAAAUAUUAGAGCUAAUCCCAUGGACAGAUUAAAAAUUGGUUCCUCUGGUUAUUCUCUUAAGUUGAAAAGCUACAAAUCUUCAGCAUUUGUAACUUUAAAAUAUUCCACAUUUUACUCAUUGGUAGUUCUGCAAAAAUUUACGUGGUAGUCACUGUUUAAUUGAACAUUGUAAUAUUUACUUUAUUAACAGACCAGCAGACAGUUUAGCCAAUCUGCCCAGCUUGUCUUCAUUAUCCAAUUAUCAAACAUCAAAAUAUUACAUGUCAGUAUGUGGGUGAAAAUUAACAAGUAAGUGAAAUUUCUGGGCUAUUUAAAAGAUGUUACAAUGUAUAAGUUGACUAUCAGCAAUCUGGGUCAUACUUUCCCAUUUGAAGUUAACUAGUUUUGUUUACAGCACAGUUUCGUGCAGUGUGCAGUAUUUAGUUCUAGACUGGUCUUAUUCAAAAUCAGAGUGAUUAAAAUAUGCACAACCAAAACAACAUUUUCCUUUUCCUUUUCAUUCAUUCAGCAACUAUUUAUUGAGCAUCAGUUCUUUGCUAUAUACAUGACUAGCUGCUACCCACUGCCUGAACAUGACACUUGGUUAAGUACAGUGAUUAUUGUCAAGUACCUCAAUGUAGGUAUUUAAAUUGAAAUAACAUUCAUUCAAUUAUGAUGCUUUCCUGUUAUUUUACUCUUGCAAUAUAAAUUCUGCUAAUACCAUCUGUAAUUAAGUUGCUGCAAACAAAACAAAACAAAAAAAACAAGAUAGAAACACUAAAGUUUUCCUGAGCUUGAAAACUUGUAAGGAGAAUGCUAACGAGCUCUCAAUUAUAAAAUAAAUGAUUUUGUGUAGGUUUUUAUAUAUCAGUCCAUUACACAUAUCAACUAGACCUUAAAAACAGUUAUGUGUUGGAAAUUUUACUAAGCUGACUUUUUACAUACAACUUUGGAAGAUUUUUGAGGGGAGUAGGUACAAUUACUUGUCAAAUAUCUUCCUCUUAUUCGAAACAUCAGAAAAAUAAAUGUUCAUUUUGAAAAGGGAGCACCUUUUAUAUUUGGUAAUUAAGUAUUCAUUGAACCUUAGAAAACCAGUCACAGAGACCACGUAUUUCUCUGAUUUAACAAACAUUUAACUUACUUUUUUGGAAGUGUGAUUAUGAUUGCAGAAUAGGAAGUGAAAAAAUAUUUCCAGUAGUAAUAGCUAUGUAAGGUAGUUUUUUUAUAACUACCUUUUCUCCUGUGAGAUUAUGUGGGUUUCUUUUAUCUUUGGAAAAUGUUAAAAAGAUAGUAAAAGAAUUAAAGAUUUAAAAUUACAGGGAAAAAUAUGUAUGUGAAAAGCAAUAAAUAUUUUGUUCACUUUGCUAUCCAGAUAUUCACUAUCAAAUAUUUAUUAUACAGCAGCAAUUUAUAUUUUUAAUCAUUGCCCAUUAAUAGACACAGUAAAAUAUUUUUGAAUCAGACAUUUGGGAUUUGUAUGUGCAUUAAAAUUGUCUUUUGUACUGUAAGUUACUGUUUAAUUUGAAUAUUUUAUCAGAACUGUCUCCCUGUGCCUUUAUAAUAUAAAGUUGUUUAUACAACUUUAAUGAUCUUAAUAAAGAAUACUUUAAGAACCAUA